CGAAAAAUGAAUAUUUAUGAGGUAGCCUGCCUGCAAGACAUUUAUGUUAUAUUAAAUACCCCGAUAUUGCCGUCAUACCACUAACCACAUGUAUCUAUAUAUUUGUUCUUCUUGCUUCCAAUCUUCAACCUCAACUGAAAUGUUGUUUUAACUGAGAUUUCCAAUUCAAUUUUCUUCUUAACAACUGAAUUUUCUUACUCUUUUUAUUUAUUUUCUCAAACGAACAAUUUGAAAAAAUAUGGUCGCCGUAAUUGUCCCUCGUACCGGCCGGCAGUUGCAGCGUUACAACAACGACCAUGAACGUAUAGUUGUUGGAUGCAUACCGUACAGAAUGAAAGAUAAUGCACUUGAGGUGCUUGUGAUAAGUGCUCAAAGAAAAGGCAAAGGAAUGUUGUUCCCAAAGGGAGGUUGGGAAUCGGAUGAAAAGAUUCAAGACGCGGCUCUACGAGAAACAAUCGAAGAAGCCGGAGUGUUGGGAGACGUUGAGGCUAAGUUGGGUAAAUGGUGUUUCAAGAGCAAAGGAAAUGAUGCAUAUUAUGAAGGGCAUAUGUUUCCUUUACUUGUGAACAAGGAACUCGACGACUGGCCCGAGAAAGACAUCCGCCAACGACACUGGAUGAGUGCAGCUAAAGCUAAAGAAUCUUGCCAAUAUGGUUGGAUGAAAGAAGCACUAGACUUGCUGGUAAAGCGGCUCCAGCCAACGAACUAACUGUUUGAUUAAGCUACCUUGACUUCUAGAUAGAUAGAUUUUUGGGUGUACAUGAAGCUCGUAUCUCGAUUUGUUGUUUUUUUUCCGUACCCUUGAAAUCGGCUCGUUAAGGAUACGGUUUUGAGUCACACGAGCCUCCACUUCCGUAGUUUCAGUCUUAACCUCUUGAAGGCCACCUGGCCAACGUCAGCUGUGUUUUACCUGGCACCAUUGGUAAGCAGGGUGUCGGGUUGGGACUUCUUGUUUCAACACAUAGAUUGGAUCAACUUGUUUUUUCAUGUAUCUAUGUAAUUUGGUUUAUCAUCAAUGGAAGGUUCUGUAUGCCCAAUGAAUUUGUCCUCAUCUUGUAUUGA